AUGCCCGGUCGCAACCGCGUGACUCACGGGCUGGAGUUCGCCGACUUCCCCCGGGAGUCACGCGCGCGUCUUGCCGCUCUGGAUUAUGUGAGCUUGUAUACAUUUCAGAUUGCAAGGGCUAAAAGUAAACAAUACGAAAUUAGUGAGCUUCUUACGGGUAUAUUAAGUGGGUUACCUGAAGAGGGACUUAAAUCAGAGCAAAAUAAAAUGAAAUAUAAUAUUAGUGCCUCGGUCAUUUAUGGAGAAUCUCGGCACAAAAUAACAAUACCUUUUACUUUGAGCAGUGAUAUUGCGGAGUAUAAUCGCACGGUGACAUUUGCAACAAAGAUCAGAAUGGCCAAAAGUCUUUCUGUUCCUUGGUUCAUUAGUUUCCCUCCUCCUCUCCGACCGGUGGCGCACGUGGAUGGGCGUGGCGUUUGCCGUCUUGGAGCGAGCGCCGAUCAGGGGGCGUGGUGCGCGGCGCCUACGAGGAAGUUGGCCUGUAAGUCCCGAGAUACGGAGAGGAACAUAACGGAUUUAAUUUACGCAGAAUUCGAACUAUGGGCGAUAUGCUUCAGUGACCUAACUUGUGACUAUUGGAGACUUAUUGUGACACAUCUGCUUCCCAUUCAGUCGCAGGCGUUGAUGUGCACAUCUACCUUACCGGCGGCUCUGGCUCUAGAAACGAAAAAGUGGAUAAAUUCAGUUGCUAAAUUAAAAGAGGGAAAUCCCUAUUAUGGUGUACCCAGAAGCCAUUUUUGUGAGCCGUUGAUACCGAAAAAUAGACUGACGGCAAAAUGUCAGUCCGACCGGCCGUUGUCUCUCUGCCCGGCCGUUGUCUGCCCGGCCGUUAACUGCCCGGCCGUUGUCUGCCCGGCCGUUGUCUGUCCGUCGGUCUGUCUGACUGUAUAUACGUCUAUCCGUCUGCCUGACUGUCUAUUCGUCUACCCGCUCGUCUGUCUAUUCGUCUACCCGCUCGUCUGUCUAUCUGUAUGUCUGUCUAUCCGUCCAAAUAGCCGCGGCAUCCGGCAGAUCGAUCGGAGAAUAUUAGUUUUUAGAGGAAAUCGGCUGAACGGUUUAGCCACUAGAGUUGUUGACAGAUUGACAGACAAUGUCCAUGCCAUCAAUUAUGGAGAUAAAAUUGCCAAGGACGUCCGCUGUGCGACGGUAGUCACGAGGCUUCGCUUCCUGCGAUUUAAGCAACAGUUGAUAUGUUAUGCACAGAUAUGCAAAAGGCUUGCGACACGAAUACAGCGAGUUUCGCGGGCCUGUCAGCGCGUGGCGUCGGCGUCCGCCGGGUCCCGUCGCGGUGGAGGCGCACGGGAAGUUGUAAUUGAGUUCCGCGUGUGCGUCGCGCUUCUUGCGCUCGUCUGCGAGUGGAGUGGGGGGGAGGGGAGCAGGAGCACGUGCUGGGAAGCGGUAGGCCGCUGCUCGCCUGCUCCGCUUCACCUGUGCCCUGACCCGUUCGCCAAAGUGGAUCUGCCCAAGGAAUAUACUGAUCGGUGUGUUCUCCCUUUUACAUGA